AUGGAUUCCACACCGGCAGACACAAGCGCAAGCGCAGAAACGAGCACAACGAACCACCCGAUGGCGCCUCACAACGAUAUCGAGGCCUUUCACCAAGUUCUGAAGUCUAGCCGCCGUAUUCUCGCUCUUUGUGGAGCGGGCCUCUCAGCGUCCUCGGGUCUUCCCACAUUCCGUGGUGCUGGAGGAUUUUGGCGAAACUACGAUGCUACACAGCUGGCGACGGUGCGAGCCUUCAAGAUGGACGCUGGUAUAGUUUGGCUGUUUUAUUCAUAUCGGAGACAUCUUGCCCUCAAGGCAGAACCGAACAUGGGACAUAGAGCCUUGGCCGCGUUGGCCAGGCGGAACAUGGACUUUUUGUGCCUGACGCAGAAUGUCGACAACCUCUCGCAGCGAGCAGAACAUCCUUCUUCACAACUCAAGUCUCUGCAUGGCUCCCUCUAUGAUAUAAAGUGCUCAAACGAGAGCUGCGACUGGAUACAAAAAGGAAACUUUGACGAUCCAUUUUGUGCCGCGCUCGCUCCCGCCUCAGUGGAUAUGCCCAAUGGCGAGCCGCUCCCACUCUUGGACCCGUAUCAUAGAGUUAAGCAUAUCGGAGAGGAUGAAAUUCCCAAGUGUCCUCAAUGCAAGAAAGGAAUUCAGCGACCCGGAGUUGUUUGGUUUGGUGAGGAUUUGGAUGCGAAUAUGAUGAUGGAUAUAUCGGCAUGGAUGCGUGCUGAGCCAAUAGACCUCAUGUUUGUCAUUGGAACUUCUGCGCAGGUUUAUCCUGCUGCUAGUUAUAUCGACAAGGCGAGAAAGCGAGGCGCGCGCAUCGUCACCAUCAACCCCGAAGCGGAAGACGAGGCGGAAAUGUACAAGAUAAAGCCGGGUGACUUUGCCUUUGGAAGAGAUGCAGCCGAAUGUCUGCCGAUUCUACUGGAGCCUGUUAUCGGCAAGCCGGAUGAGGAUGGCGAGUUUGGGAUGCCCUGA